AUGAGCAGAAGAUACGGGGCUGACAGCGGGAGGGCUGCCUCAGAUAUGACAAGGAAGCUCAGAGAGUUGCUGCAAAAGAGCGACAACCGCAUAUGUGCUGACUGCAGUGCACCUGAUCCCAAAUGGGCAUCAGCUAAUAUUGGAGUAUUCAUUUGUCUAAAAUGCUCUGGUGUUCACAGAAGCCUUGGGACACAUGUUUCAAAGGUGCUGUCAGUCAGUCUAGAUCAAUGGGCAGAUGAUGAGAUCAACUCCAUGAUAGAAGUUGGUGGAAACUCUUAUGCUAAUGCUAUAUAUGAAGCAUUUCUGCCAGAGGGCUAUCACAAGCCGCAUCGAGAUUCUAGCCAGGAAGAGAGAGCUGAUUUCAUCAGGUCGAAGUAUGAGCUGCAAGAAUUUCUGAAGCCAAGCCUAAGGUUAGUUUCUAAUAAGGGCUCUUUAGAGGCUACCGGCUCUCGGAAACAUACGGGCAGUAAUGUCUCUCUUUCUGCUAGUUUCAACAGUGAGGCUGGAAUGGUUGAGUUUAUCGGAAUACUAAAAGUUAAAGUAAUAAGAGGGACUAAAUUAGCUGUAAGAGACCUGAUAAGUAGUGACCCCUAUGUUGUACUGACCCUAGGACAACAGAAAGCAAAGACUUCUGUGAUUAAACGUAAUCUGAAUCCUGUUUGGAAUGAAGAGCUUAAGCUGUCAGUUCCUCAGCAGUACGGACCUCUGAAGCUUCAAAUGUUCGACCAUGACAUGCUAUCAAAGGAUGACAAAAUGGGCGAUGCCGAGAUUGACCUGCAGCCGAUGAUCAGUGCAGCUACAGCGUUUGGCGACCCUGACCUACUCGCGGACAUGCAGAUCGGCAAGUGGCUCAAGUCCCCAGACAAUGCGCUGGCAAGGGACAGCGCCGUCAAUGUGAUCGGUGGCAAGGUCAAGCAGGAGGUCUCUCUGAGGCUGCAGAACGUGGAAUCCGGGGAGGUAGAACUGGAGCUGGAGUGGAUACCUCUCAAUCAGUAG